UAGUUGGCACAGAACUUUAGAUCGGUAUGGUUGUUUCGACAGCAUAACCAUAAACAUACCACACACUUCUCAAUAGAGAUAUCUCUACGAAAUAAAUGACGACAUACAAAAUAAAAGCGAUGCCACUGGUGGCUAAAGUUCUCAACUUACGGAGGACAACCACCAAUUCACAGCAACAAAAGCAGACUGAUACACAGAAGGAUGAGGCCUCUCAUUCCAGCGGUGACAAAUCAGAGGCCAAUGAGGAGAAUCCUCCGUCCAAGAAAGGCAGCUUGUCGGAGAGUGAAUCAAAGAAGGAUAAGGCUCGGGUGAAUCGACGAUGGGAGCACUAUGCCCGGUACAUGAACACUGGUAAGAUUCUCCUGGCCGUGCUCGUGGUCUGUGCCUUCUUCGGCAUGUAUCCUCUGUUCCGUCGCGGUCAGAAGUCCAGUGUGUCGCAAGAGUCCAGCGUGAAAGUGAUUAUGUUGUGGAACGAGGACCAGCCCAAGAAAUCCAAGGUAUCGGCGCACAUGGAGUGCGGCUGCGUGGUCACAAAUCGCAGGAAGAACUACGAAAUGGCCGUCGAUGCAUUCGUCUUCAAUGCCCAUAGGCCCUACUCCCUGAAAUAUCUUCCCCAAAUCAAUCGCACCCGUGACUUUCUCUCGGUCUUCGCUGCCAGGAAUCCCCUGAGCCUGGCCAAGGAUCCACCGCUGCCACCCGUCAGCGAAAGGUCGCUCUUCAACCUGACCAUGACCUAUCGCCUGGACUCGCAGUUGGUCUGGUCGGAAUACUACUUCACGCUCCUCAACCAGGCCAAGAGGCUAAACACGUUCCGUGCACCCAGUGAGCACUACGCAGACGAAAUGCCGAUCUAUGAGAUGCAACUCCUGGAGAACCAGACAAGGACGAAGGAUCGCCUGGCCAUGUACCUUCUGUACGAGGUGAAUGAGGCGAGUCUGCCUGAAAGCCUGUACUUGGAGGAGUUGCGCAAACAUGUCAACCUCGAUGCCUAUGAAAGCUGUUUGGGUUUCCAGCACUGCAAUCACUACCGCUUCAUGUUGAUCUUCGAUUCGACCGCCUGUCCAGAUUACGUGCCAACCCACAUGUACACGGCCAUGCAUAAAUUUAUGGUGCCUGUCCUGAUAGGAGGCGGAAACCUGAACAACCUUGUGCCAGCGCAAUCCUACAUCAGCGGCCGCGACUUCCCGAAUCCCAAGGAUCUGGUGGCACAUCUGAAGUAUCUGGCAAAAACACCAAAGGAGUACAAGCAAUACUUCUGGUGGCAUUCGCUUUACAAGCUCCGCCGCAACUCAGUGCCCUAUUGUCAACUCUGCUCCCUCCUCCAGCAGCCGCCAGAGGAGCGGCGCAUCGAGACCUCCUUUGCCAAAUGGUGGAGCAGAUACCAGUGCCCCAAGCGAAUCACCACCUUCCUGUGAUCCGCUCCAAGGGAUAAAAUCCUCCAAUUACAAUUUCCGGUUAGUUGACGUUGAGUUUUGGGUUUCCUCCGUCCAGGAUUCCUCUUGAUCACAGGGUUUCGCUGAAUUUCAGAGGCACUCCUUUGACCGAGUUGAGUUAAAAUGGAACUGAGAUGGAAUAAAGAUGGACAUACAGCCCGCCAUAGCUUUUAUUAUAAUAAUAAAAAAAAAUAAGUGCA